GGCGUGGGGUCGGUGGCUGCUGGGCGGGCGGGGCGCAGGCCGCGGGGCCCGAGCCGCGGGGAGCGAGCGAGCGGAGGCGCCGAGGACCCGAUUCACUCGCUGGGGAGACCUAUGGGCCGAAGCCGUGUAAAUGCGUUUUAAGCAGGGGCCUCGGCUCCGCAACUGCCACUCCUCCUCGGGGUGUUGCACAAGUUUCGAGGUCACCGGCGACCCCCCCUAGCAGCGCACCUGGCUCUGACCCCCGUGAAGGAGGACGGGGCUUGUGUGUUGCAUACUUUCUAAGGCGGCAGCGGCAGCGGCCCCACAGAGGUGCUUCCCUCCUGCCUGUGGGCACCAGCUCCUCCCCGGCAUGGCUGGCUACUUGAGCGAAUCGGACUUUGUGAUGGUGGAGGAGGGCUUCAGCACCCGAGACCUGCUGGAGGAGCUCACUCUGGGGGCCUCGCAGGCCGCUACGGGUGAGGUUGCUGCUUUCUUCGUGGCCGACCUGGGAGCUAUAGUGAGGAAGCAGUUCUGCUUUCUCAAGUGCCUGCCGCGAGUCCGGCCCUUUUACGCUGUCAAGUGCAACAGCAGCCUGGGUGUGCUGAAGGUCCUGGCCGAGCUGGGGCUAGGCUUCAGCUGCGCCAACAAGGCAGAGAUGGAGUUGGUCCAGCGGAUUGGCAUCCCGGCCAGUAAGAUCAUCUAUGCCAACCCCUGUAAGCAAAUUGCCCACAUCAAGUAUGCUGCCAAGCAUGGGAUCCGCCUGCUGAGCUUCGACAACGAGAUGGAGCUGGCCAAGGUGGCAAAGAGUCACCCCGGUGCCAGGAUGGUUCUGUGUAUCGCCACCGACGACUCCCACUCCCUGAGCUGCCUGAGCAUGCAGUUUGGAGCUUCGCUGAAAUCCUGCAGACACCUGCUUGCAAAGGCCAAGAGGAGCCACAUGGAGGUGGUUGGUGUGAGUUUUCACAUUGGCAGUGGCUGCCCUGACCCUCAGGCUUACGCUCAGUCCAUCGCAGAUGCCCGGCUUGUGUUUGAAAUGGGCACUGAGCUGGGCCACAGGAUGCACAUCCUGGACCUUGGCGGCGGGUUUCCUGGCAUCGAAGGAGCCAAAGUGAGAUUUGAAGAGAUUGCUUCUGUGAUCAACUCAGCCUUGGACCUGUACUUCCCAGAGGGUUGUGGUGUGGACAUCCUUGCUGAGCUGGGACGCUACUACGUGACCUCGGCCUUCACCUUGGCCGUCAACGUCAUCGCCAAGAAGGAGGUUUUUUCGGACCAGCCCAGCAGGGAGGAGGAAAACAGCUUUGCCUCCAAGACCAUCGUGUACCACCUGGAGGAGGGCGUGUAUGGGAUCUUCAACUCAGUCCUGUUUGACAACACCUGCCCCACCCCCAUCCUGCAGAAGAAACCAUCCACAGAGCAGCCCUCGUACAGCAGCAGUCUGUGGGGCCCAGCGCUCGAUGGCUACGACUGUGUGGCUGAGGGCCUGUGGCUGCCGCAACUACACGUAGGAGAUUGGCUGGUCUUUGAGAACAUGGGCGCCUACACCGUGGGCAUGGGUUCCCUCUUUGGGGGGGCCCAAGCCUGCCGAGUCACCUAUGCCAUGUCCCGUGUGGCCUGGGAAGCACUGCGCAGGCAGCUGCUGCCUCCAGAACCAGAGGAGGACGCGGAGGACGUGUGCAAGCCUCUGUCUUGUGGCUGGGAGAUCACCGACACCUUGUGCGUGGGUCCCGUCUUCACCCCCGCGAGCAUCAUGUGAGCAGGCCCGGUCUCCCCACCAGCACCCUGGCGGGCUUGCAGAGAUGCCUCGAGGAGGCGAGGCGGGGCCGCGGCGAGCAGGGGCACCCUCUGGUCGUGACUCUGGUGCCCGCUGCAGCCGCCCCCUUGCUGGCUCCGCCUGUGGUCUCUGCCCUGUAAAUAGGACCAGUCUUACACUUGCUGUAGUUAAAGUAUGCAACAUAAAUCCUGUCCCUUCCAGCUGUGUCUGCCUUCUCCGCAGUGCGUGGGGCCUGCCUGGUACGCUGGGUGGAGUGGGGAGGGGGUGGGGGUGCUUGGGGGUUUCCCUUGGUCUCCCGAACUACCUUUGUAAAUAUGACGCGAAUAAAUAUUUA